AUGGCGUUUACUUACGGUGGCUAUUUGGCGCGUUGCAUUCCCAUGCUCAUCCUCAUGGCCGUCGUGUGGUGGUCAUACUACGCCUUCGUGGUGGAGCUUUGCAUUUAUACGAUCAAAUCAACCAUUGAAAAGGUUGUAUAUCUGGUGAUUUAUCACAUGAUAUUUAUGAUGUUCUUCUGGUCAUACUGGAGAACGAUAGUUACGUUGCCGGCCAUUCCAUCUAAACAGUUUUGCUUAUCCAAAUCUGACAUGAAGCGAUACAAAAAGGAAGACAGAAAAGAGAUUCGGCAAGAGAUUCUCAAGCGGGCAGCUAAAGAUUUGCCAAUCGUCACAAGAACGCGAACCAAUGGUAUCCGGUAUUGUAAUGACUGCAAGGUUAUUCCACCUGACCGGUGUUAUCAUUGUUCAAUUUGUGAAAGACUGCCAUAUUUGCUCCAGAUAUGUUCCGAAAUAUUUUUGCAAUCUCACAUUUUCUUACUGUCUCUUUUUAGAUGUGUGCUUAAGAGGGACCAUCACUGCCCCUGGGUCAACAAUUGUAUUGGAUUUGCUAACUACAAGUUCUUCUUGCUGUUCUUGUUGUACGCCUCGCUGUACUGCCUGUUUGUUGCUUCAACGGUGCUCCAAUAUUGCAUAAAGUUUUGGAUGAAAUAUCCGCUGGACGCCCAUGCCAAGAGCCACGUCUUAGCUCUGUUCUUUGUGGGAGUCGUGUUCUUCAUCUUCGUAUUUUCUCUGUUUUACUUUCAUUGUCGGCUUGUUGGGAAAAAUAGAUCAACUUAUGAGGUACAGUUUACUCCAUGUUUUGAAACCGGUGCAGAAAAGGACGGAUUUUACCUUGGCUUCAGCAGGAAUUUCAGAGAGGUUUUUGGGGAUCAAAAGCUGCUUUGGCUGCUGCCCGUGUUCACGAGAAAGCAGAAGGGAUAUCAUGAAACGGCGUGCAAGAGAUGGUGA